AUGAGCUGGACUAAGAUUGAAAUUGAUUCGGAAAUCGAAAGUUCAUGUAAACGGGAACGUCUGUACUGGAACUCAGAAAAUACGAUGAAACUUAUCGAAAUAUUCGAAAAGGACUGCAAAGAGCUAUGGGAUAAUAAACACCCAUCAAACAAAGACAGAGCAGCGAGACAAGCAAAACACGAGUAUCUUGCGAGCAUAUUCGGUACCACUGCUGAGGAAAUAAGUAGAAAAUUACAUAAUCUAAGGACGCAAUUUAAUAAUGAAUUGAGAAAGAUAAAGCGAAAGCAGGCGGGGAGUGAGGGGGCGCAGGGGAGCAGCGGGUGGGAGUAUUUCGACGCCCUGUCGUUUCUGAUGCGAGAACCCUCUACCGACCCCAAUGACACCAUCGAUGGAGUUAAUUUGGCGCUGGCAGAAUUUCAAGCAGAUGAAGAAAUGGAGUUUGGAACACGUGCUCGCCUUUCUGUAACUACCUCGCCUCAGAGAACAAGAAAACCCGGUUUAUUGAGGGUAGCUGCUUCUGCACCUCCACCCUUACCUCCAAGUGCACAUCCGAUGAUGUGGCCUGAAGAGCCUCAACCACGGCUCCGACCUGGAAUUGUUACUGAUGAAUGUCAGGUAUUUGGUGACUUCGUAGCAUCAGAACUCCGCACGCUCCGAUCAGAUGAAUCUCGAAAGCGAUUAAAGAGGAUCAUACAAAAAGCAAUCCUCCAAAUAGGCGAAGAAGAAGACGUAAAUAUUAUUACAGAUAGCAACGAGCCAAACGUGGAAUAUCUAGACGUCUUCAGAAAUAAAAAG